GAAGCUUCCCCUUUUUCUCCUUCUUCGCCGAAAAUGCGUGGCACUUCGCGGCCACUUUCUCUCUCUACGCCUGUGGAUAUUCUAUAUUCUCAUGUCUUUUUACGAAAUUUCAACCCAAUUUUACUACGCCUUCCGUAUAGGUCCACUUCAAUGCCUCUUAUUAUAGACUCUCCCUAUUAUAGUAAUAUAAUUAUAAUUAUUGUCUUAAAUUUUACUUUUGCUAUUCCUUUAAUUGUUUUUAAUAUUAUCCCCAUUUAUUGCUGCUCUUCCGCUACUGUUUCUUCAUUUUUUAAGCAUGAUGGUGAUGAUUAUGGUGAUUAUGAUGCCCUUUUCAGAGGAAGAAACCGUAUGAACUCAGCGGUGUCAAGAUUCUGUAUGAAUUUUCUGAUUUUCACUCUCUUGUUCCGUUUCUUUGGUCGGAAUUUUUAUUGGGUUUUCGAGUUUAAAUACAAUUUUUCUGAUUUUCAAGGCUAUCAAGAUCGUUUCUGAUCAAAGCCCUUGAUUUUUUUUUUUUGGGGUUCUGGGUUCUGUUCCGUAUAUAUUUGUAAUUGUAUACAUAGAGAAUUUUGGGUUUCAGUAUAAUAGGAAAGCUGACUCUGUUGCCUCUGAAUCUUUCCAUUGUUUCUGAUCAAAACCCUAGGAAUUUUUUUUGGGGUUUUGCUCUGGGAUAUAUAUAUGUGGUGUGUGGAGAAGAUUGGGCUCUCAUUCAUAUAGGAAUUCUUGAAAUUUUGUUUCUUUAAAUUGAUCGUUAGGGUUUUGGAUUCUUGGCUUGCCCUUACUCUAAGCCGCACAUAAACAUGAUAUACAUAUAAGUGAAGUGAUUGGAUGAAAAUCAAGGUUGUGGGGAGGGUAUGAAUAUGGAUGAUAUGAGAGGGAUGAAAAGGCUGGGUGAGGAAGUUGGAGGUAACUUGGAAAUUAAGAAAGUAAGGGUAGGAGAAGUUGAUGGGAUUCUUGGGACUCUGAAUGAAGUUAGGCUUCUGCAAGAGGUUGAGCCGGAUAUGGCGGCGGGUUUAGGAAAUUUUUUGUCUGAUAACCAUUUUCUAGGGUUUGAAGAAACUGGGGUUGCUAAGGGGUUUGAUGGAGGUUUUCGGGAUGCAGGGGAUAUGACUGGUGAUUUGAUAAGAGGGGAAAGGAUCGACAAUGAGGUUGUGGUUGUUGGAGAAGAUGAUAUGUAUAGAGGAAAGGAGGUAUCUUAUAGUGGUUUACAACCGGUAAAUAGUAAUAAUCAACUUACGGCAGAGAGGAGAGAGGGAGUAAUUGACAUAUCAUCUGAUGACAGUGAUGAAGAGGUAAUAGUCCUGGGUGAAGCUAAAGGGAAGGGAAAACAAGUUGAGCAAAUAAAUUCGUAUGAGAAUUUUGGAUAUUUUAGUAAUGUCUUGGGAGGAACGGAAAUGGACUUGUUACAUCUUCAGAAUAUAGAUUCAUUUGAAAGUUUCGAUCUUGGGUUUGGAGGAAUGGAGAUGGACAGGUCACAGGCUGAGGAAAUAAAUCCAUUUGAAAACUUUGGAAAUUUUAAUCUUGGCAUUGGAGGAAUGGAGAUGCCAAUGGACCGUGCUCUGCGUGGUGGAAAUUCAGGGAGAUAUUCCAUGGAAGAAAAAGGGAAAGCAAAAGUCGGUGAUUCUUGGCUAUCAAUUGCCAGUGAGCCAUUUCAAAUGGAUGUCCUAUCUGAGGAACACGAAUUUGGAAUUCAGUACGAUACUUCCUCGUCAAUUCCAUUUCAGUUUGAAACUAUAGAGCUCGAGCAAACUGAUGAUCCCUUUUUGACAGCAGAUCUUGGGCUUAGAUUAGAGCAGGUUGCUGGAUAUGCAGACCUGGUAAUGCCUCAGUAUGAACUUCCCUUGAUCGAACAACAAAUUAAUCAGGCCCCGGAGUUCGGGAGGGAGUGGGGUGCUGGCAAUGCUGCACAGCCAGUUAGACAUCGUACAGUUUCGAGCCAGGUAGCCCAGCAUUAUGCACGGUUCAAUUCCCAAGAAGCAGAUACCGGUUUGAAACAGAAGUCGCCAUCCAUAGAAAUCGAUGAACAACUAGGAAGCUCUCCCGGUCCCUUUUCUACAGCAUUGAAGAUAAUCAGGGAGCGAAACCUGAAAAAGAACGCUCCGCUGCUGAUUGGAUGGAAACCGUCUCGAAAUGCUGACUUUGAUGGUUCUGCCCGCCCUGCUCCUUCUCUGCUGGAUCUUUCUUUGAAAAUCCUUGUACAAAAUGCUGAAUCUUUAGUUUCACUUGAGGGUGUCCCUGACACACUGAGGAAAAGACUUAUGGACUUGCUAUGUGAUUCCAGGAGAAUGAAUACCCGAAUGCUGAACCUCCUCUUAAAGGGAUCUCCAACUGAGAUCAGGAUAAAGGACUGUUCAUGGUUAACAGAAGACGGGUUUUCCAAAUCAUUCCGAGACCUUGAUGGAUCUAACUUGAUGGUCCUUCAGCUUGACAUGUGUGGGCAAGGCUUGCUUGACCCUGUGUUGGGCGAAACCAUAGCUCGAUCUUCACAUGGUUUGCCGAAUUUGGGUAUUCUAUCACUAAGGGGCGCGUGUCGUUUAUCUGAUAGUGCAUUGACAUCACUCGUAGCUUCGGCGCCUUUACUGCAGUCAAUAAAUCUGGGACAGUGCUCUCUUCUCACACACAGCUGCAUCGAAACUAUCUCCAACUCACUGGGAGGACUUCUUAAGGAGCUCCACAUCAACGAAUGCCAUAGUAUAGAUGCAAUGUGUACUAUCCCCGCAUUGAAGAAGUUGAAAUGUUUGGAAGUGUUAUCAGUUGCUGGAAUUCAGACUGUAUGUGAUCAGUUUGUUUGUGAAAUCGUGAAAGAAUGUGGUAAAAAUCUGAAAGAGCUUGAUUUGGCGGACUGCGAGAAAUUGAGUGAUUAUUCUAUGAAGGUCAUCGGAGAUGGAUGUGCGAAUUUGUGUUCGUUAAAUAUCUCAAACUUACAGAGAUUGACAGAUGUGGGAAUUCAGUUUCUCGCAAACGGUUGUCGAUCAAUUCAAAGACUCAAUUUGCAGCGCAAUGGCUUUAGUGAUGAUGCUCUUGCUGCAUAUUUGGAAGCUUCGGGACAGUGUUUGGAGGAACUUUCGCUUAAUAAUUGCUCCAAGGUUAACCAAAAUACUGCAUCGUCACUCGCCAAAUGUUCGAGAGCGUUAGUCUGCUUGGACCUAUCAUGGUGUCGCAGAAUAUCUGACGAGGCACUUGGACUCAUCCUAGACAGCUGCCCCCUCAAGCUCGUUAAACUCUUUGGCUGCACACAGAUCACAGGCGCUUCCGUCAAUGGGCACUCCAACUCUACUGUCCAGAUUGUCGGGCUGAGGGGGACGCCCAUAUUACACAACAUUAACAAGCUCGAACCCGAGGAAGUUUUCUUGCGCUAUUCGCCUCUCCUGACAUCUUCUGGUAUCUGACAACUGCGAUCAUAUGUAUUAUUCGAACAUGAUAGCGCAUACGUUUUGUUGUCUGUUGGAUUGGUUGGUUAAAAUUGUUUUCUUUAGGCUUGAUUGUUUCUGGUCAUACAGAAUGCUAACAUGUAUCACCAAAAGGAUGAAUAUAUUUUGAUUGCAAGCCUAUUUGUUUGCAGAUAAACCUAUGAUCAUAUUGUUGAUUUUCUGUGUCU